UGGGCACCCUGAUCCUAAACACAGAUCCCGGGACCGGAAGGAUGGAUAGGACCAUGACCUUGUUACUGUGGACCAGUCUGCUGCUGUCGUACCUGUAUGCCUUCCAUAUCGCCGCCUACCCCAAAGGCUCGAAGUACACAGUCAUCAACGAGAACUGCCCCGGGGCGGAGUGGAAUAUUAUGUGUCGGGAUUGCUGUGAAUAUGACCAGGUGGAGUGUACGUGUCCCGGGGGCAAUAAGAAGGUUGGCUACACCAUCCCCUGCUGCCGCAACGAGGAUAAUGAGUGUGACUCCUGCCUUAUACACCCAGGAUGCACCAUAUUCGACAACUGCAAGUCCUGUUACAAUGGAUCGUGGGGAGGAACAUUGGACGACUUCUACGUGAAAGGAAAGUACUGUUCAGAGUGCCGCAUCGGCUGGUAUGGAGGAGACUGCAUGAGAUGCGGAGAGGUCAUCCAAGCGGCCCGCGGAGAGAUUAUGAUGGAGAGUUACCCCUUUAAUGCCCACUGUGAAUGGAGCAUCCAAGUCACCCCCGGAUAUACAAUAGAACUCAGGUUUGCAAUGCUAAGUUUGGAGUUUGAUUACAUGUGCCAGUACGAUUACUUAGAAAUCCGCGACGGCGACAAUGUGGAUGCCAAGAUCAUCAAGCGUUUCUGCGGCAACGAACGACCGCUACCCAUCCGCAGCUCUGGAAAUGCACUGCAUCUUCUCUUCAGAUCUGAUGGGUCCAAGAGCUUUGAUGGCUUCUAUGCUACAUUUCAAGAAGUUACAGUCUGUUCCCCUUCGCCAUGUUUCCAUGAUGGAACGUGCAUUGUAGAGAAAACCGGAUACUACAAAUGUGCUUGUUUAGCUGGGUAUACGGGAAGACACUGUGAAAAUGUAUUAGAAGAGAAGAGCUGUGCAGAUCCAGGACCGCCAUUGAACGGUUAUAGAAAAUUAUCAGAACAGGAGUUUCAUAGAAUUGGGAACAAAGUGGCCAUAGGCUCCACCGUCCAUUACUUCUGUAACAACUCCCAUGUCCUCAGUGGAAACCAGGAGAGAAAAUGCCUGGAAACGGGGCAGUGGUCUGGCAAACAGCCUGUUUGUAUCAAAGCUUGCCGGGAGCCGAAGAUCCCCGAUUUAGUGCGCCAGAAAGUACUUCCCUCCCAGGUUCAGUCACGGGAGACCCCAAUACAUCAGUUAUACUCAAGUUCAUUACCAAAGGAGAAGAGUGAUGUCUACCCGACCAAGAAGCCGGCCCUUCCACCUGGAGAACUUCCUAAAGGCCACCACCAUCUUCACACACAGCUACAGUAUGAGUGUGCCUCUCAAUUUUACAAACGCACAGGGAGCAGCAGGAGGACCUGUCUAAAGACUGGGAAGUGGAGUGGCCGAGCACCAUCUUGUAUCCCUAUUUGCGGGAAACUGGGGGAUUUCACGGUCUCGCGGGUAUCUGAAAUGCGUUGGCCAUGGCAAGCCGCCCUGUACCGUCGCUCUAACGGGGUGAGAGGUGCCAACCUGAGGAAGGGCACCUGGGUCCUGGUGUGCAGCGGGGCCCUGCUAAACGAGCGCACGGCGGUGAUCGCCGCUCACUGCGUGACUGACCUGGGCAAGAGCACUAUUAUCAAGGUGUCAGAUCUGAAAGUGGUGCUGGGAAAAUUCCACCGAGACGACGAGCGUGAUGAGAAGAGCCAGCAGCAUCUGCAUAUCUCAGCCAUCAUUGUGCACCCGAACUACGACCCCGUUUUGCUGGAUUCUGACAUAGCAGUCAUCAAACUCCUGGACAAAGCCCGCGUCAGCGACUACGUCCAACCAGUUUGCCUCGCUUCAUCUCCAGAGCUUGACUCCACCACCCUGGACUCCAGGAUUGUCACAAGCGGCUGGAGGAUCCUUUCUGACCCCAAGGCCCCAGGUUACAAGAACGAGACGCUUCGCGCCGGACUUGUCCUGCCGGUAGACUCGCUCCUGUGCGAGCAGCAGUAUGAGGAGAAUGGCAUAUCCGUCAGUGUGACAGAAAGCAUGUUUUGUGCCAAGCAAGUGCUAGGAGCUUCUACUCACAUCUGUCCUUCAGAGACUGGUGGUAUUGCCGCCACGUUGCUGCCAGAAUCUACGUCCUCUGAGACCAGAUGGCACCUUAUGGGACUGGUCAGUUGGGGCUAUGAUAAAACCUGUCACCGAGACCUGUAUACAGGCUACACCAAAGUCACCACCUUCAAGGAAUGGCUUGAAAGAAAUAUGAAGUAGAUACUGAGUGAGGUAGAUGAAACGGCCAAUGGAUCAAGAUCCGAGGACUAAGAACUAUUCUCUGUCCCAUAUUUAUGUAUUUAUAUCCACAAUGCAGUAAUCUACAUCUCAUUUUAGAUAACCCGGUAUUCAGGAUUUUCAUGAAUUUUAAGAAUUUCUGUUUUUACCUAGAA